AUGUGCUCGCAGGUCUGGUUCCUGACGGACCGGCGCAUCCGCGAGGACUACCCGCAGGUGCAGAUCCUGCGCGCCCUUCGCCAGCGCUGCUCCGAGCAGGACGUGCGCUUCCGGGCGGUGUUCAUGGACCAGAUCGUCGUCACCGUCACCGGCGGCCACCUCGGUGGGCAUGAAGACUUUUCAAAAAUGAUCGACGAAGCUGAGCCCCUGGGCUACCCGGUUGUGGUGAAGAGUACCCGGGGCCACCAGGGCAAAGCUGUUUUUCUGGCUAGAGACAAGCAUCACCUCUCCGACAUCUGCCACCUGGUCCGUCAUGAUGUGCCCUACCUGUUCCAAAAGUAUGUGAAAGAGUCUCACGGGAAAGACAUCCGCGUGGUGGUGGUGGGCGGCCAGGUGGUCGGCUCCAUGCUGCGCUGCUCCACGGAUGGCCGGAUGCAGAGCAACUGCUCCCUCGGACUGUUUGUUGGUGGAAUGACCCCAAAAGAUGAAAACACAAUGCCCCAGGCUGGGCCUGCAGCUUCAGAGCGGACCUGCGGAGCAGCCGCGUCUGCCCAAGAUCAGCGACCAGCUGCCCCUCCCAUAUCUCGGCCUGAGCUGUGCUCCGUGCAGGCAGGCAGCUGUGCUUCUCGGAGCGGAGAAGCGACUGAAGAGCAGAAAAAUAGAGGAAACCUAGAAAAGAACCGUCUGGAUUCUUCCUGUGGGGCAGGGAGAGGGCACAGAAGCCGGUGGCCCUUCGCUUAUCCAGCAAUCUCUGUCACUGUGGUGACCAACUUCUGCCCGUUCCACAGGGUCUUGAAGUGGUCACAGACAGGGAACACAGUCAUGUUUCUGUAGGAAUGAGGAUAUCCCUUUCAGAAUUUGGCACCAACUGUCUCACAGUCCUGGGAAUUUUUGCUCAGGACUCAUUUUACUCCAUUCCAGUUCAGUGAUGUGGAGCUUCUUGAUGUAAGCCUGCAGCUCUGUCACAUGCUCAGGCUGGUGCAGAUGUGUGGUGGUGAAAUUAGCUACAUAUACAUGAGGACAAUACCAAUACAUAAGAUUUGCAGAAUGGCAAAGCCUCUCCAGACCAGGCCUCAGAGGAUCAGAUGUGCAUUAUCUGGCCCACCUGCUGUGCGAAGGCACUCACCCCUCCAGGAGCAGCUGUCAACUCCAAUAUAAUCCACUCCUAAC